CAGCGCGGCAGCGGCGGCGGGAGCGCGGAGCCCCCGCGCCAUGGGCCCCGCCGGGGGUGUCCGCCCGCCGGGCCCCCCAUGAACUGAGCAUGGCGAGCGCCCUCGGCCCGCGCUGGCCCCGCCGCACGGCCCCGGGCGGCGGCGGUGGCGGGGGGCUCCUCUUCGUGCUGCUUUGCGCCUCGGCGGGGCUGCCCCGGAGCGCCCAGCAAGUGCUGCGGAUCGGAGGGAUAUUCGAAACUGUGGAAAAUGAACCUGUUAAUAUUGAAGAAUUGGCUUUCAAGUUUGCUGUCACCAACAUUAAUAGAAACAGAACACUGAUGCCUAAUACCACAUUAACCUAUGACAUCCAGAGAAUUAACCUUUUUGAUAGUUUUGAAGCCUCGAGAAGAGCGUGUGACCAGCUGGCUCUGGGGGUGGCGGCCCUGUUCGGGCCCUCCCACAGCUCCUCCGUCAGCGCCGUGCAGUCCAUCUGCAACGCCCUGGAGGUCCCGCACAUCCAGACCCGGUGGAAGCACCCCACGGUGGACAACAAGGAUGCGUUUUACAUCAACCUCUACCCGGACUACACAGCCAUCAGCAGGGCAGUCUUGGACCUCGUGCUGUACUACAACUGGAAGAUAGUGACAGUGGUGUACGAAGACAGCACAGGUCUAAUUCGCCUGCAGGAGCUCAUCAAAGCCCCUUCCAGGUACAACAUUAAAAUCAAAAUCCGCCAGCUGCCCUCUGGGAACAAGGAUGCCAGGCCUUUGCUCAAGGAGAUGAAGAAGGGCAAGGAAUUCUAUGUGAUAUUUGAUUGCUCCCAUGAAACGGCCGCAGAAAUCCUCAAGCAG